AUUAAAGAAUAACUUUUAUGUAGUUUUCUAUGUAAAUAUUGUUAACUAAUUUAGCUGUAGUAAAUUUAUUUAAAAUAUUAUAAUUGGCUUUCAUUUACUCAUUCAUCCCUGGCAUUGAGAUACAGUUUUAGAGGAGUAUAAGCUUGACUAUUGUUAAUCUUAUCACGGGAAGAACAAGAUUACUAUAAAUUAUGGACAAAGUAAUGUUAUCAUUAUCAAAACUGAUGGUUUCUACAAAAGAAAUCUCUCCUGAAGUAUUACAGGCUAUUCUAAUUCAAGCUAAAAAGCACACUGCAAAUGAGAGCUGUCAAGAGUGGAAUGAAUUAUGUGAUCUUCUUUACAAACAUUUACACACAGGCCUCCCCAAUUAUGAUGAUCAGCUGCUCUGUGCAACCUGUUUCUUCUCAGUUCUUCUCCACACAGAGAACUCAGAUUAUUAUUUAAAUAACAUUAAUCUUGAAAUUACUAAAGAGCUGGAUCUAAGAGAAAAAAACAAUGAGGAAGAUAUUAAAAAUAAUUCAAGAAUAGCAGAAGUGGUGUCCGUUAUGUAUGGUUUAUUCCAAUCUCCAUUUCUAACACAAACAUUGACAACUGAUUCCAAAUACAUAGGAGCUAUUCUAAAAUCAUCUUUCAAUUUACUUUUAUUGUUAGCAUAUGAAUAUUCCAGAUUUACAUAUCUUGCAUUUAAAACUAUCAAUUCAUACAAGAAGGUCUUAGGGACAAUGUUGCAGGAACACAUUUUUAAUGCAACCAGUCAAGUCAUGCUUCUCAAUUUAGUAAAUCACAACUGGGAAAACCCUAUAACUGGUAUCAGGGAUUUGAACAAAGGAAUAUUCCGGAUGGUAAUUUCCAAUACACCUGAAGAAAUGUUUGAAGUAAUUUUUAAGGAAGUUAAUAGUUUCUAUUGGAACAAGGCCAAGUAUUUAAUGCUUUCAGAGAUUAUAGAAAUUAGAACAGACAAUAUUCAAAAACUUGCAACAGAAUAUGGUUGGGUAAAUGGCCUUAUGUACAGCCUUCAUAAGCCAGGCCUGGUUUCUGCUGGAGCGGACAUGUACUUUGCUAUUUUGAAGAAACUGAAAUUUGAUGAUGAAUGGUGUGACUUAUUUUUGAAAGGCCUUAUUGAAAUAUUGACUGCUGAUACUGACAAAGCAAUCCAGAACUUUACAAACUAUUGGUGUUCAACAACUUUUAAAAAAAUGCCCUCUCUGGCUCAAACAAUUAUUGGUCAAUUGGGAACUGAAAAGAGUGUGAAUAAAGAAUUUAGCACUUUAUGUUUGAUGAAACAAGCUAAUAAACUGGGGCUGUUAAAAAAAGACUGGAAUUGUGAGGCGAUAUUCCCAAAAGAUUUGAUGCUUCAUGCUCUUGAAAGCUGCAAUACUUCUAUAAGAAUACAAGCAUUUGAUAUAAUUUGCGUGUCCCAUAGCAAAAUAAUGCCUGAGUUAUUGGAAUAUAAUGUGAUCUUAAGUUAUGUGCAUGAUAACAUGAAUUCUGAUUGUACAGUACUCAGACUGAGUAUGUUGAAUAGUUUGAGCAACUUCCUAACUCGAUUACAGUCCAAUUAUAUGACAAAUUCAAAUACGAUGUCUGAUAAAAAUGUUACUGAACUAAUGUAUUUCUGUAAAGAACUUCAAAAAUGUAUUGUGCAAAGUCUCAGCUUAAAUGGAAACUAUCAAAGGAAAAUUGCAAGUGUAAAAUUGUGCAAACUUGUACAGGAUUGUUUCUGUAAUCCUCCAAGGAAAUUGCAGAAUCAUGGAAGUCGAACUAAAGCACUUACAUUGAGUCUAAUGUUAAAGAUGGAAAGUGGUUGGAUUUUAGACGAAAAGACAUUUUUGAUGAAAUUGCUUAGCUUAUUACAUGAUCCUAGUGACGAUAUUAGGGAACAUGUAGUCAGUCUUCUCCUCAGUCACUAUUCUAAAGAAUUUAAAUGUCCUUUACUUUUAAACCAAGUAAUAGAUGAUGCUCAUAACAGUAUAAGAAGUAAAUUCUUUUACAAUAUCAGUUGUGGAAGGACCAUGUUUAAAUUUAUUACAAAUAUCUUGUUGAUAGAAGAAUCAACAGCGAAAUUCAAAAACGUUGAAGAUAUAUUUUUAUUUGCGUAUAAUAAUUUGGUAACUGAAUUUAAAUUAAAAACAAACAUCGUGAAAUCAAUAGAAAGUGGGAAACAGUUACAUUCAUUGAUUUCAAUAUUACUUGUUGUUUUAGAAGUUUGUUACCAAAAUUCAUACAAAUUAUCAUGUCUGGUUGAAUGUUUUACUAAACUGGUACUUAUGUUGGAAGAAAUAUCGAAUCAAUUCGCUUGGGAAGAUACAUCAACUAGUUCGGAUUUCUCCAAAAUGAGUGACAUGGUCCAAUGUAUGAUAGCGUCGUCGGGAUAUGACCCUGAUGACGAGAAAGAUGAAACGAAAAUAUCAGGAUUGCACCAAAUUGUGUUAAACUGCUUAUGGUUAAAUGUUAAGGUCUCGUGUGAUUUGGCAUCACAACUCGUGCAAUUUACAGAAGACGUGGAAUUAAUUGAUAGAUGUCUUAAAAUAAUCACUCGCGUUUUGGAAACUUGCCGCCAUAAAGGAGCUAUUGAAGCUGCUGGAGCUGCUAUUGGACGGUCGAUUCACUACUUGACAUCGUUACCCGAUGAAUCUUCUAUAUCUCAACUGCCCUACACAUUACUAAAGAAGAAACUGAAAGAUCUCAUAUUGGAGGCUGGAGCUAUGUCUUCUGUCACGAGAAGAGGAGCAGGACUCUCAAUUAUGGUGCAUAGGAUUGUGUCCAAUGAUAUGAAAAGAGGAAAGCCUUUAUUCCACUAUUUCAUGGCAACACUGCUUGAAGCGUGCAACAAAGCUGGUUUAGUACCUGAGGAAUCUAACAUAGAUAAUCAGAAGGAUUUGCCGCAAGCAAUCUACAUACAUUUCCUGACGAGAAUUGUAACGGACAGCAGCCUAGCGUCUGAUAUGAUGUACUAUUCGGCUAAGUUGGCAGCACUGGCGUUUGGCAACUUGACCAGCCCUCGAUGGCAGAUUCGAAAUGCAGCUCUCCAACUAUAUGGAGCAUUAAUACCCAAGCUGAUUGGGCAAAAGAAGGCAUCAGGAAAAGACGAUGAGACCGUCGCGACCGUAGCGUGCGACGAAUUCCGAACGCACUCGCCAGCUUUAUGGACACAUAUCACUCAGUCUUUAGAAGCUUCCAGCAACACCUUAGAAGUCCAGUCACAUUCCAACCUUGUUCCCAUACUCAAUAUCUUAGGGAAUAUCGCCAGAAGAUACAACUUUUCUUCUAAUAUCGAGACACAUAAACACAGCGAUGAAAAUCUAUUGAAAUGUCUCAUCUUAUUACUACACAGUCCUUUGUAUAUAAUUAGAAGGUUAACAGUGAAAUGCAUCUUCAAUUUAUUUUCAUUUGAAGAUAUGUAUGAUGUUAUAAUUACUCAAGAUAUUAACUCUGAAAACUUUUUGCAUGGGAUUCUUGUUCUACUAACGGUUUACAAGAAACAGGAUAAUGAUUUUCAGCUAUUUUAUCAGAAUGAGAAUUUUGGAAAGCUUAAAGUGAAAUUAGAGCGUAUUAUGAAUUCUGGUGAACAUUCAUACUUGUGCAGACAACUAUUUGAAGAUAUCAUUGAACAUAAUUAUGAAGUGAAAGAUAUUUGCAAUACUAUAAUGGAAAUUAAAAGUAAUUCGCAUAGUCCUGGCGUUCAUCUGUGGUCGGAGAGGCGAAUUGAAAAAUACGUGAGAGGUAUUCCGUGGACAAAAGUGCCAGAAAUUUUAGAAAUACUUUUAAAAAAUAAAGUUGACUAUGGCUCUGUUAUUCUAAGUAAAUUUAAAUCUGAUAAGAUUAUUCCAAAAGAUGUUUUACUAAAAAUAUCAGAUCAAUUAUUAGUUUAUAGUAUAAAGUGGAACAGUGCAGUUAUCUGGGAAAUACUUUAUGAAAUAUCAUUGAUAGAAAAGAUCGAAAAUGUUGAUGUAAAUAUUAUUUUAACGUAUAUAAAGGAAAAUGUUUCUUAUAAACUUCGUUUUGCAAUACCGUUUGCAGUGAGGGUCUCAAGAGAUAUAGUUACUCUGAAUGUUUUAUCAGAUAUUGUACUUAAUUUGAGUGAUCCAGAGAAAAUGGAUACUGAUAUGAGGUAUAUUUCAGCAUUAGCAAAUAAUGAAAUAGCAUUUCAUUUUGAAAUAUUACCCGAUGAUACCAAAAUAAAUGCAAUUACGUCCGCUGUUGUACUAUCACAAGAUGAAGACGAAAGUAUAAGGAGUUUAAAUGUUAAAUUUUAUACAAACAUCAAAAGUGGCCAUGCAAUAAAUCCAUACAUUUAUUUACAUAAAAUAACAGGAAUAACAUUUCUCAUUUCUGUUUUCGAGAAUCCUCAAAAGAGCAUCAAAAAGCUUUGCGAAAAACUAAAGAGUAUUUAUGAAAUAAAACCCAUAGAUUCUGAUGAAUACAACCCAUUUGCAAAUGACUCCAAAAACAUUUACUGUGAAGUGGAAGUUGUGAGACAAUUGAUUGAAAAAUUAAGAUAUGCAUAAAUGUAUUU